AGUGAAUAUACAAAUUAUUGGAAUUAUAUCACUCAUUAUAUGUUAAUAUCAAAAUUUGUUGGUAAACAAAACACUCUGGAAGUUAAAUAUAACGUAUUUCAAAGUAGUAUUUGCAUUUCUUCUCAUCCGAUACACGUCAAGAGAUCAACGACUACGAGUAUACGAAAACAGUAAGUUGAAAUAGAAGAUAUGGAACAAGCGAAUUCCAUAAGUUCUACAGAUGAAACAUAUAGUUGUGAGUGGCAACAUUUUUUAAUAAAAAAAAUGAAUGGCAGAAAUUUAUUUUAAACAUAUUCUUUGCAUAAAAAUUCAUAUUUUGUUUAUAACAUAAAUAUUAUUUAAUAUAAUUACACAAAAUUUGUUUUAAUUUCAAUUUAUUAGCUAAAAAUUAAUGUAUUUUUUAAUAAGGAGAACUUUAAUAAACCAAAAGCAAGAAUACUUUCCUGCAAAUAAUCAAAGUAUAUUAUUUUAUCUAGGCAAAAGAUCAAGUUCAAGAAUAAAUUUAAAUGAUGCUAUGUUUAUGUCAAUUAAUGACGAGGUCUUUUCAUACUCGGAUAACGAAUGUUUUCAUGAUAUAUUAGAUUCUAGUAUCUCAUUAAGGAAUGAAGACACAGAAAUCGACAUAUCAGUUGCAACUAAUACAGAAGGAAGCAAACAUAUUUCAAGUAUAUUUGAAUACAAUGAUAGCACAAGUCUGUUUUCUUUACCUCGUACAAAAUCUGAUUCAGAUUAUAUAAGCAAUAACCUUACGAAUGAUUUUUUACAAAAUUCAAGUAAUUUGCAACAUCAACAAGACAUGGACACUGAAAAAGAUAAUUGCAAGACAAAUAAAGAUGUUUCAUUAAGAACACUAUUAAGGCAGAUGCUCGAUGAAAUUUUAGGAAGACAUGACUCUACAAAACAAUUAGGCAAAACUUAUAUUAACAGACAUUCAAGCAAUGAGUUUUUAUCAAAUAAUGGCAACUUAACAGACAAAUCGGACAGUUCUUUUGAAAUAAAUAAUAAUGACCCAGUAUGUCAAACACAAAAAUUUAAUAAUAUGGCGACAACUUCAAUUAAUAAUAUAAAUAACUAUAGUAAAAGUAAAAUUUCAUCUUCAUUUAAUACAUCUUCUUUAGACAGAUUCAAUUCUGAGCAAUUAAUUACAAUAUUGGAGGAUUCCAAUGAAAGUAGUAGCAAUUCAGAACUGAACGAUUCUCAGGAGUACUCUGGGAGAUGUAUAGGCAAAUUAAAACAUUUCUUUCCUCGUAAAGUAGUAAAUAAAUGGAUGAACAGAAAGAUAUUUACCACCAGUGAUAUUAGUGAGAUAAGUGAUGCCACUACUAUGUCUUCAAACAUAUCAACUGAUAUCGAAAUACUAAGUAAAGAAAUUUUAAAAAAAGCAGAUAAUGUACUUGAAAACAGGAAUGAGAGAUUCGAUGUAAAACGGUCGUCAGUGUGCAAAUUAUGCGGGGUACAUAAAUUAUUUCUAAUUCCUUUCAUAACUAUAACUCCUUCAACUCCUUAAAAGAUUUCUAGAUAAAUAAACUAUUUAAUUUCAAAUUUUAAAAAUA